GAUUCACAAUUUCUGACUGUUUCUGACUUGUAUGUAUAUCUUUUAUCCUCUUCCUUCUUAUCCGUCUUUCUUCUGUGCGUUCGUGGUCUGUGAGGUCUGUCUAUACCGUGGACGCUGCACGCACUGUGUAUGCGAGCACGAUCUGCGUGUAUGCGCAUGGGAAUAAUGUGCUAACCUAUACCCGAAAGAUUAAGGUGCAUUCAAGAUACUCUAUAGUUCAGUAAUAAAGCGAAUACGUGAUGAAAGAAUGGGACCUGCUAAAAAUAUGAUCCCCUGUACGAUAACAAUAUUUCUUGUCCUUUGAGAUUCAAAUCGUGUGUAACAAUGUGAAUGAACGAUCUACAUGGUACAUCGGUACAUGGUACAUCAGCAUACAUCAGUACGAAGUAACAUCGGAAGAGAGAAAGUUAAAUAAAUUGGACGGAGUAAUGGCAAUAUGAAGCUGUAUAAGUUGAUAGUUCAUCAGAAGACCUUCAGCGAGGAGGAUCUGAUAAUCAAUCCUAAUCCCGGUAUAAAGACUGGAGAUGUCGUCGAAAUUUAUCACCCAGAAGUCGAGUUCAGUCGCCUUCUUCUUCAAGUCACUUCCUUCAAGGAAGAUCUACAAGGCCGCGAAACGAUCAGCGUGGAGAAUAACGUAGCGACUAUGUUCCAGUUAAGAACCUUCGGAGAUGUGUACAUGAACGUUGUUAAUCCGGUUGAUGUAGCUUUGGAUUCUGUCGAGCUUACCUUCAAAGAUCAGUAUCUAGGCCGUAGUGAGAUGUGGCGUCUAAAAAAUAGCUUGGUAAACACUUGCGUAUAUAUGAACAAAAAGAUCGAGUUUUGCGGAGGCAGUAUAAGAUGCCAAGUAUACGAAAUGUGGUCGCAGGGAGACCGAGUCGCUUGCGGUGUUAUCACUAAUGACACAAAAGUCGUAUUUCGUUCCUCGACAAGUAUGGUUUAUCUGUUUAUUCAAAUGAGUUCAGAGAUGUGGGAUUUCGAUAUUCACGGUGACUUGUAUUUCGAGAAGGCGGUCAAUGGUUUCUUAGCAGAUUUGUUUCAAAAAUGGAAAAAGAACGGUAGCAAUCACGAAGUAACGAUAGUACUGUUUUCAAGAACAUUUUACAGUGCCAACAGCUUGGAGGAGUUUCCGAAUCAUAUGAGAGAAUGCUUGCAACAUGAUUAUAGAGGAAGGUUUUACGAAGAUUUCUACAGAGUAGUGGUACAGAACGAAAGGUUCGAAGAUUGGAGCAACGUGUUGGUACAACUACGUAAACUGUUCACGGACUACCAAAAGAUCGUGUUAGAGUAUCAUCAGAAACCAGGUGUUGCCAUUCCAAAAGCAGUGAACUCGACAGCGGCUCAAGGCAAUUUUUUAGAAGUUUUGAACAUGUCCUUAAAUGUAUUUGAAAAACAUUAUUUAGAUCGUAGUUUCGAUAGAACUGGUCAACUGUCGGUAGUGAUCACACCUGGCGUCGGCGUUUUUGAAGUUGACAGAGAAUUAACGAACGUCACAAAACAAAGGAUCAUUGACAACGGAGUUGGUAGCGAUUUAGUGUGCGUCGGAGAACAACCGUUGCACGCAGUGCCACUGUUAAAGUUUCACAAUAAGGAUGCGUCCAUUAACGUACCCGACGACUACAGCAUGCCACAUUGGAUUAAUCUCAGUUUUUAUUCGACAAAUAAAAAGAUUCCCUACUCGACGUUCAUACCCCGCAUAAAGCUUCCUCAAAGGGUAUCGAAACAAACGACAGAAACCGGGAAAUUGCAGUGUAACAAAAACAAACUUUUACAAGAGGAUACGAAAGAAUGUUUACACAAUACUUUAUUCGACUACGAUGCGUACGAUGCGCAAGUUUUUCAAUUACCUACAGUUCAUACGUCGAGUUUGCAACGAGUUACAACGAGGACUAAGAAGACGAGCGUUGCAAGCAUGGAGACGCACAAUAACGCACACAUACUGAAACUACUGAAGAGGAAGUUAUCAGAUCCCGACAUACAUCAUCCACCACCGGAUUCACCUCCGGUUGCGUCUAGGAGUGCAGCGAUCUCGAUACCGUCCAGGACGGACGAUGUUCCUAGCAACGAAUCUAAUGGAGAAGUUAAUGAGUCAAGGAUAUCGGUGAAGAGUGAUUUGACCGAUUCAGAAAUAUCGCCACCGUUUAGACCAGUCGUCGGUAGCGCCGGAAGUCCGACGAAUGUGAUAUCUCAACCUGCGAGCAUCAGGCCUAGUCGAGCACUCAUUAAUCCUUUUGAUCCAUCCCACGUUACGAUCAAACUUACUAGCAACAGACGGAGAUGGACCCAUAUUUUUCCGAAAGGACCGACUGGUGUGCUUAUACAGCAACAUCAUUAUCAAGCUGUGCCGACUCAAAUGUGUUCAGAAUCACAAUCCGACGCUAUUUCCACCUUAAGUGGAUCUCCCACGGAUCAUAGCGAUAUCGCUAACUCGAAUCACUUUCAUGAUCAUUCAAAGAAUAGUCGACAGAGAUUAAAUCUCUCGCUGUCGAGCGGUGACAAAGGAUUACAUCCGACAUCUCCCGUAGGGAAUAAGUCUCUAACUUUGUUAUGGGGUGCAACCGGUGAACAGGAGUGGACACCAGCGCUUACGACAGCAAUCAUAGGUGUUGACUGGAAAUCAUUGACAAUCCCAGCAUGCUUGCCUAUUACCACGGACUAUUUCCCUGAUAAACGGAGCCUGCAAAACGAUUACGUUGUAUCGGAUUACAAUUUAUUACCCGACGACGUUAACACUGAUUUUGCACAACAACGGGCGAUAUACAAAAAACCUUUGACAACCGUCGAAGUGUUUAAAGAGCUCGUGUCGCAACGAUUAGCUCAGGGAUUUCAAUUAAUUAUUUUGCCACAAACUAAUAAAAAUCAAAGCAACACGCCUGGCAGCAGUGCGGUGCCUACGAUAAGUUCUGUGAUGCGUGGGCGACAGACAGAAUCAGAGCCGAGAGAGGAAUACUUACUGAGCAUCGGGAGGAUAUUCCAUAAAAUAUCACUGUUCGAUAAUUCUAUAACCGUGACGAGAUAUCGACCAAGACACCCUUAUCCUCCAUUCAAUAUACAUUAUCUCUAUCGAUUUCAUGCGCCCCAUCACGAUACAUACGAAGUGUCUUGGGUGUCUUUUACCACGGAGAAACUUGAAAACUACAACUGGAAUUACUUGGAUCAUUAUAUCUGUACCAGGGGUCAUACCGAUUUCGCUUUAGUAGAAGCACUGAAAUACUGGAGGUUUCGCAUUUUCUUACUCCCUUUACACAAUUCGGCGACUCGAAAAUUUUUAGAAGGCUCGACACGAUGCGACAUAUACACACCUCUCACCGCCUCUGAGCAAAUAUCUCUCUUGGACGGAUUUCUACGGUUCAUCGAACAAUAUCUAAACAAGAUACGACGUCCGAAUCCGAACAAAAAUUGGAAUCCUCCAACUCUAGGUGGUGUUUCCCAGAGAGAUCCCGCCUCUCACUUGACCAGGCGCAGGCACAGCACGAGCCUGAUAGUCCUCACUAACCAGACCAGUCUAGUUGGCAACUCUCCCUUCCGGGAGCGGCUCGGAAGCAAUCGUCUACCAGAGAAACCGAGACCAAGAUCAGGAUCAAAAGUGAUGGACAGGGGACGGGUCUCGCCAGCUAGCGAAGCUGUGUUACCUCUUGCGCUGGAACAGCAGCAAGAUCAUUUCGAUUCUAACGACGACAGUACGAGUACAGAAUUGACGAAGUUGAAGAACACCGUGUCCAACAAUGAAAUUCUAGAAGCGAUGAAACAUCCGCAAAACGGUGUAGGAUUUCUUACGCAGCAUCCGUCUCUCCCGAGUCAAACGUUUGUCAGUGCAGACGCGGUGCAAUGGUUAAACAAUCACAUAGAGGGGGGAGUAUCGGUCGAAAAAGCUAUCAAUGUUAUGAACGGGAUGAUACAGGACAAACUGAUAUGUCAUGCGUCCGGGGAUUUUUCGAAGCCUUUUAUUCUAGGAUUCUAUCUGUAUCACAUAGUACAAGAUAAAGAGAAUCAAAGAGCUGGAGAUUAUUAUUCCCCUCUCGGCGAUUUACAAAGCUUUGAGAACGAAUGGGUAGAAGUUGAAAUAAAAGCACCGAAGGGUUGGUGCGAGCCUACUUCUCCAGCUUCAUUUCCACCGAUCACAAACCCCAUAACGAUACUCAACAACGAGACUGUGGAUGAAUCGAACGUGCCAUCAUUUCUCAGAGACGAUUUAAUCGCGCUCGAUUCCGCUGAAUGUCAAGUUCCACCUUACAAGCAUACUCAUUUAGACAUAGAUAUAAACAAUAGAAGCGACAGAAUCGAAUGGGGUCAUUUAAGAUAUCAGUCCGUAUACAAAGUGGAUCACUCAUAUGAACUCGUAAUGCAGUGGGUAGCAUCGUCCGGUAGUAUAGUUGCUGAACUCAUAUUCGUCUGGCAACGUAAGGCACAAAUGUUUGGAAUUCAAAUGGUUCCUAUUCCCAGCGAUCUACUAGCCCUGCCGUUCACUUUGAAGAGCGAUCCUCUAAGAGGGCCUAUUUUUAUAACGUUAAAUAUGGAAUGUCUCACUGCAAACAAACAACACCUUUUCGAAGAAUUUCAAGAAGAAACUCACGCGCAAAGGCUCUUUCUAUUUCAAGAGGCAAUUGUACAAAGAUUCGGCUUUGUCCCGUGUCUGAUAGAAAGUACCGAAAGCGAUCAUCAAUACGUUCACAUGACUGGCAAUGCAUUUAUACUGAUACAUCCUACGACAAGUACAAAGUCGCGUCCUCGUACUGCGACCAAUAUCGUGAGACGAAACACGGGACAGAAAGGUUACCCGAUUCAUUCUGAUCAGAGUCUGUCCAGUCCCCACGAAGCUUACAUUACGAGACACGUUAGCGGAAAGAAUAAAGAUAAUUUCAACAACGACAAGAGGAUAGGAUUUUUAUGGUCAUGGAAUCACAUGCUCAGUCGAAAGUGGAAAUCGUCAACUACGCUAGCUGGCGAUGAAUUGUUUCAAAAGAAACUGAUUCAAGACUUCAGGCAUUUUUGCUCGAAUGGGGACAAUAGAAUGAAGCAAUUUUGGGAAUCUUCUUGGGAGAUCAAAGAGAGGUCGUAUACAAAAGCGACGUAAGGUAGAAUAAAUAGAAAUCUUAUAAAUUUGCAUUUUAAUUGUGAUAAUAAGAAAUUUGUUCGGGCACUAUCAAAACGACCUCGUUUAAAUAAAUUAAGUUUAAAUUGUUAAGGAAUAAUUUAAAAUAUGACAUACACUUGUGAUAUAAUUAUUGUCAUAACAAGAAUGUAUACAAAAUUGAAGAUAUUUCUGGACGCUUAGAAAAGAUUAUAUAAAUGAGUUCGAAGUAAAUGCAGUGGUAUGUA